AUGGCCAAUAAACCUCAAGAAAGGAAGUGCCCUAAUAAGUCUGAUUUCUUUGUAAAGACUUCAGAGAAAAGACAUCAGAAGAGACAGAAAACUGAGCAAUUAUGCCUUGGGUCAGCUGAAGAGAAUGACAAAGCUUCUUUCGUCCCUGAGUUAGAUGCUAAUAUGAAGACUCCCCCAAGAAAGCAGAAGCGGCAAGCUAACUCCACACCUGAGAAAACACCGAAUAGUGCAGAGAAGCGACAGGCUAUAUCCACAGAAGAGAAAAAACUGAAAAGUGAUGAACCAUCAUCCAAUGUGAUUCCUGAUCUACGAAAGGAAGCUAGAAAAACAGCUGAGGAAAGCUCGCGUAUAUAUGCAGGAAAAGAAAUACAUCCAUUUUUUUCAUCAUGGAAAAUUGGUAAGCGAAAAAAUGAGGCGAUCAAUUUGGAGAAAAAAUGGAGCACUUCUGAGAAAGAGGAAAAAACUCUUACUCUUGUCCCAAUCCAUGUAUUGGAGACAGUUGAGGAAGAUGCUUUCACCCCUGAUUGGCAGCAGUGGACAUUUUCUGAAAGAUGCCUUCUGAGUGACAGUUACAUUCUAGAACAUGGAUGCUCACCAAUUUAUGAAGGAUCUGUUAGCUCCCUGCAAUUUGAUACAUUUCGUAGUCUCUCUAAUCCAUUUAGGCCAUUGCCAUACCAAAAUGAGAUUUCUGUUGAUCAGCAUUCUGUUUCCCAAAAGGAAGUCUGUUUGGUAGAUUCUCCUGGGAAACAACAUUUGUUCCAUCCAACAUCUCCCAUCCUUUUGGCUGAAGAAAAAAUCCAGCAGGAGUGUUUUAAGAAUUCAGAGGACAAUGAAAUUGAAACACUCAGCUCAUUCCUGAAGAUUUCUGGCUGUGUAAGCUCAGAUACUGACAAGCAUGAUAGAUUUCUUGGAGGAGGGCUGAUACCUCAUAAUCAAAGUUUUCACAACCAACCUGAAAAUUGCCUAUGGACAGACAAAUACCAGCCUGAGAAGGCAGUGCAGGUGUGUGGUAAUGGUGUAUCAGUGAAAAUUUUGAGUGAGUGGCUGCAUUCUUGGCAUGAAAGAGGGUCUCAAAGAAGCAAAAGUUUCAGAUCUAAUGAUACAUUUAUUGAGCAAGAAGUUGGUGACGAUGAUUACCUAAGUGACUGUGAUUCAGACAAUGAGGAUACAGAAAAUCAUCUUAAGAAUGUUCUGUUGGUUACAGGACCAGUUGGGAGUGGGAAGUCUGCUGCCAUUUAUGCCUGUGCAAAAGAGCAGGGAUUUCAAGUCAUUGAGGUCAAUGCAUCAGAUUGGCGAAAUGGAGCUCUUGUUAAGCAGAUGGUUGGGGAGGCUUUGGAAUCACAAUGGCGUCAACGUACACAAAAAGAUACAGCAAAUGCAGAGGACAACACUCUACUAAGGUCCUUUUCAGCUGCUGUGACUGGGACUGAAGGGCCUAUGAGCGAAGUUAUUGAGCUGAUACCGAUACUAGAUGAUGAAGAUUCCCAAAAUGCCAGUGCAACACCCAGAAAGUUAAUUUGCAAGGACAGAACUAAUAGUCACGGUGACCUUAAUACCUUAGUCCUUUUUGAGGAUGUUGAUGCUGCUCUUUGUGAAGACCGUGGUUUUAUAUCUACCAUUCAACAACUUUCAGAAACUGCUAAGCGGCCAAUGAUAUUAACUAGCAAUAGCAACAAUCCUGUGCUUCCAAACAAUUUGGAUAGGCUAGAGUUGUGCUUUACAAUGCCAUCUUCGAAGGACCUCCUUGAACUUGCAAACACGGUCUGUAAUGCAGAAAAAGUUAUAAUGGACUCUUCAUUGGUAGAGGGAUUUGUCAAUCACUGUGAAGGAGACAUUCGCAAAACUAUCAUGCUACUCCAGUUCUGGUGUCAAGGUCAAACCUUUAGGAUAGGGAAUGAAAUCCCGACAUAUAGGCCACUUCAAUUUGAUAUAGAUGCUGGGCAUCUAAUGCUGCUGAAGUUAAUCCCCUGGAGUUUUCCUUGCCCUCUCUCUGUACUUGUUGAUGAAGAGAUUUCUAAAUCAAUGAGAGUGGCAGAAAAAAGCUUUACCUUAGGGGAUAUAGUUGAGGAAGACCAGUUGAAUGGCAGUAAUAUAUGGAAUAGUUCUAAAAAGUUUGUUGAAGAUCCAAGCAGUAUAAAUGCAAAAAAGGAAGCAAUGUUAACUUUGCAUGGUUCACUGCCGGAUGAAAAUGAGCUUACAGCCAAGUUUGAUAGUAAUACUGAAUGUUCUAAUUACUCUGGCUCCCCAGUUGCUUUCCAUCGUAGAAAUACCCGGAGAAAACUUGAUACUGUGUUUUCUGAUUCUGAUGAUGAGGAGUGUUUAAGCAGCAGAAACAUGAUAGAUUUAAACAAAGUCCCAUGUGAUAAUUGUGAUGAAGAAAAUGAAAUGAUGUGGAAUUCUCCAUCUGAUGUAUCGUCCACUAAAAUGGAUUGCAGUCUUUCAAGCGAGCCUCAUCAUUUUAAACCAAAAAGAUUGAAAAGAAAUUGUUGGGAGGCAGAUGAUUAUUCUCAUCCAAAUGGAAUGAGCAUAGCAUGUGAUUUGUCUUGUGUACCAGAGUCAUCAUUUGUUCCAGAAUCCAGGCUUAGUAGUGAGUCCUAUGUUGAUGUGAACUGUAAAGUUGAAGCUGAUUGUAUGAAUGAUUCACUGCCAAGUAUUCCCCGACUUGAGGAUGACAAUCUCGAAAAACCUGUUCUUGUAUCAUGUAAAAAUCGUGAAUUACUAGGUUGUAGUUCUGAUAUUAACACAAUGUCAGUUUGUGGUGAUGAAGCUAGUCAUUACAAUGUCCACCAAGGUGAAGAUUCUUCUGGAGGAUGUCAGUUGUUGGAUGAGUGUAGCCGCAUUGACUUCAAUUGGAGAUUUAUCACCUUAAGCAAUGAUAAACAUCAUAUGACCAAUUCUGUGCAAGAAACAUGGAGAAAACUCAGUAAGGGGCACAUGGACCUGAAACAGUAUGUCACCCCAGAUCAGAAAGAUGCUUCCAAGGUUCUUAGUAUUGGUUACAAAUUGAGUAAUUUAAUCUCGGAAGCUGAUUUAUUAUCUAAUGACUGUCAGCAGCUUAUAUAUGAUUCUUUGGAACCUUCUAUGAUACCAUGUGAUAAAUUAGAGUCGUAUAGCUGGCCAGACGAUCAAUUGCAUAUGUCAUCUAUAAUUGCUCAACAUGGGAUAUGCCUCUUUGCUAAAGAAAUUGCCAAUUUGGAGUUAGAUAAUGUAUCUGUAAAUCAAUUGGAUUUGGCAUCAGAGAUGUUAGCAUCAUCAGACAGUACAAUGGCUCUGGGAAAACGGGUUGGUCUUGACAGAAGAGAAAUCUUGACCACAGAACUAAGGCCACCAAAAAACUUCGAUUCUUCCAAAAGGAAGUUGGGCCCAGAUCCUGUGAAUCUACUUCAAUUGGCAGUUCCGUUGCGGUCACACCUUUCACUGAAAGGUGAUGCACUUCAUGAAUAUCUAUCUUCAUUCAGCCAGAUUUCAAGAUUAGAAGCCAACCGUUUGUCCAGCUGUGUUGGCAGGAGUAAACAAAGAAGGGCACGAGUGAAUCGACACUACUUGGCGUCUGGUGGAUGUUCAUUAUCAGAGGAAGACAUUUCAUUGCUGUGUCAAUACAAUUGCUAUCAUAAUGAUGAUUCAUCCAAGUUUAAUUUGCAAACAUCAUAGUUAAAGAAUGCUUACAGUUGUUUAUAUAGGAGGAGGAUAUUUGCUAACUUCACUUCAAAAGCUGUAUUUGUAGUGUCAACAUUGAAACAUGUUUCUAGAGGUUCUGCUUACUGAGAUAGGCAAUAAUAUUUCAUCCAGGGUUUAGGUUCCCUUUAGCUUCAAGUCCACUCUUAAGAGCUUAUUAGUGUAUAUAAUUAUUGGAAAUUUUACCAUUCUUUUUGGCUGACA